AGAACGCGUGCGCACGCGCGUGCGUGCGCGCUUGCGCGGGCGGUGUUUGAGGCCGGCCAGUCUUGACUGGGCGGCAGUGCGGUCAGUGACUGCCGGGAGUCCUGCAGGGGCGGGGCGGCGCCAAGCGCAGGGAGCCCGGGUGAGUGGCAGCCCAGAUUGAAGAUGGAUACGUGACAAUCCCAGGGACCGCUGCACUGACUUCGUUUCCUUAGACAAGACACAGUGUAGGGCCCGGCCCGUGUUGGCCCCAGGACUCCUUUGGAAUACAGCUGUGGACAAUGAAUCCUGCGAGCGAUGGGGGCACAUCAGAGAGCAUUUUUGACCUGGACUAUGCAUCCUGGGGGAUCCGCUCCACGCUGAUGGUCGCUGGCUUUGUCUUCUACUUGGGCGUCUUUGUGGUCUGCCACCAGCUGUCCUCUUCCCUGAAUGCCACUUACCGUUCUUUGGUGGCCAGAGAGAAGGUCUUCUGGGACCUGGCGGCCACGCGUGCAGUCUUUGGUGUUCAGAGCACAGCCGCAGGCCUGUGGGCUCUGCUGGGGGACCCUGUGCUGCAUGCCGACAAGGCGCGUGGCCAGCAGAACUGGUGCUGGUUUCACAUCACGACAGCAACGGGAUUCUUUUGCUUUGAAAAUGUUGCAGUCCACCUGUCCAACUUGGCCUUCCGGACAUUUGACUUGUUUCUGGUUAUCCACCAUCUCUUUGCCUUUCUUGGGUUUCUUGGCUGCUUGGUCAAUCUCCAAGCUGGCCACUAUUUAGCUAUGACCACGUUGCUCCUGGAGAUGAGCACGCCCUUUACCUGCGUUUCCUGGAUGCUCUUAAAGGCGGGCUGGUCCGAGUCUCUGUUUUGGAAGCUCAACCAGUGGCUGAUGAUUCACAUGUUUCACUGCCGCAUGGUUCUAACCUACCACAUGUGGUGGGUGUGUUUCUGGCACUGGGACGGCCUGGUCAGCAGCCUGUAUCUGCCUCAUUUGACACUCUUCCUUGUCGGACUGGCUCUGCUUACACUAAUCAUUAAUCCAUAUUGGACCCAUAAGAAGACUCAGCAGCUUCUCAAUCCGGUGGACUGGAACUUUGCACAGCCAGAAGCCAAGAGCAGGCCAGAAGGCAACGGGCAGCUGCUGCGGAAGAAGAGGCCAUAGCUGCUCCAGCCGGGGCUCCGGGGCAGCAGCAGAGCUGGCACACCGAUUCUGGGAAGCCCCGUGAAUGAUGGCUUUUGAAUUAAUGAGGCAGUGAAUGUUUUGUGUUUAGUUCUAAGGGAAAUACUAACUUUCUUUCUCAUUAGUAUUAAUUUUGAAGUAGCUACAAAGUAUUUUUAAGAAAUUAUAAUUUUGUGACUGUCUGGCAGGCUCUGUCAGUUUAGCCGCGCUGGACCGCGUCAAGCAUCUAGGAGAGGAGUCCAUGGUGUCCAGGCAUCUGGGCGUCACACCUGUUGAGGAGUGGGGUGGCUAUGAAUGCUGGAAAUGGCUUCAUAGUGAAGUGCCUCCCACAGGGCGGGUGGUUCAGCAUUGACUCUUUCCAGCUGCACACUCAUAUGCCGUGUGUCUUAUUCAGAAGUCACAUUCUUUUCAGUUGGAGAGAAUUGGGCUAAGAUAGAAAAUAACAUGAUUUAUUCCUUAUUAAAGUUUCCCAGCGUAUGAAAUUCUAAGCUGGGUGGGGUGGCUCACACCCGACGUAAUCCCAGCACUUUGGGAGGCCGAGGCAGGUGGAUCACUUGAGGCCAGGAGUUUGAGACCAGCCUGGUCAAGAUGGUGAAACCCCAUCUCUACUAAAAUUACAAAAAUUAGCCAGGUGUCGUGGCACACACCUGUAAUCCCAGCUAUUUGGGAGGCCAAGGCAGGAGAAUUGCCUGAACCCGGGAGGCGGAGGUUGCAGUGAGCUGAGAUCGCACCACUGCACUCCAGCACUCCAGCCUGGGUGACAGAGCAAGACUCUCUCUCAAAAAAAAAAAAAAAAAAAAAUUCUAGACCGAAGUGUAUGGCAGUGCCAUCUGGUGGCAAGUAGUACAAAGACAACGCUGAGGGAUAGUGACUCCUGUAACAGCAGAGAGAGACGCCUUGGAGUUUAACCCCCACCAACCAGAGCGUGGGCUGGUAAAGAUGAAAUCUUGCAAGUUUUUUUUUUUUUUUUUAAAUCAUGGUACCUGUUUUAAAAUGAGAAGUUAUUAUUCAUACUGUAUUGCUCAUUUGAGAAAAUAAGGUAAGGAUUUCAUAAUCAGGUUGUCUGGGUUUCAGAGCUGUUUUUAAUUGACUGAGUUACCUACAGGCACCCAAUCUAGACCCUAAUUCUGUGGUUGGUGUUCCUCUGUAGAUUUCAAGACAAGUAGUGAUGUCAUUUUCCCCCUGAGCUGUAGGGUGGACCUGGACCCCUCAGAGAUGCUCGACUGCAGGGUCCUGGGGUCCCUAGAGUGGUCCUGCAGCAGCCCCUGGCAAUGAGCUGCCUGAUCAUGAGUCCCAAGGUACAUUGUUCCUACUGUUUUAUACCCAGGUAGAAGUUAUACACCAAUUUAGCAAUGUUGUUAACAGACAUACAGAAUUGUGUGUGUGUGUGUGUGAGUGUUUUGAUAUAAACGUGCAAUUAAAAUUCAAAGUUUAUUUUUUUAUCACAAGCACCUUUGAAAUGUACGUGGAAAACGUCGGCUGCUCGUGAGAAUCGUGUGACUUACGUUCCUUAUGUUUUAUGGAACUCUUGGAACAGUGUUUAGUUUUUGUUUUCGUUUUUUUGAGACGGAGCCUGGCUUUGGCUCCCAGGCUGGAGUCCAGUGGUGUGAUCUCGGCUCACUGCAACCUCCACCUCCCGGGUUCCAGGGAUUCUCCUGCCUCACCCUUUCAAGUAGCUGGGAUUACAGGUACCUCUACCAUGCCUGGCUGAUUUUUUGUAUUUUUAGUAGAGACAGGGUUUCACCAUGUGGCCAGGCUGGUCUCUGACUCCUGACUAAAAGUGAUCUGCCCACCUCGGCCUCCCAAAGUUCUGGGAUUACAGGCAUGAGCCGCUUCACCCGGCCCGGAGCAGUGUAUUUUGAUUGCUGGUGCUUUAACUAUAUUGACCAAGGUGUAUAGUAAUCUAUUUAUCACAUUUUAUGAAGCGAUUUUAAUCUUAAACGCAUCCAGCAAAUGGUGUCCCUGCUGAAACUUUUUACUGGAAACCUCACACCUGGCAGGCAGCACUCUCUGCAGCCGUGCCCUUGUGGAGUCAGCAGGAGCUGGUGUUUUUCAGCCAGACAGAGGCUUAAUAAAGUGACUGAUGUUUACAGAACCCAAAUGAUGUCUUCCUCUCUCUCAAAAUAAACUAACCUAUUCAUA